AUGGAGCCCAAGACUAUCCGCAUCACCUUGAGAGAGCUCGAACAACCCAUCUUCGAAGCUGUUUGUGCAGAAGCAAAAUACUCGGAAACCCGCGCUAUGUGCCAGAACAUCAUCGCAGAUCUGAGAUGUCUCCAGAAGGUCUACGUCUUCGAACCAAAGCACUUCGACCGUGACACCAUCCGUGAACAUCUCAAGGAGAUCCUGGUCGAUUUUCGCUUGCUCAAGGACGACGUCUCACGCUUCGCCUCCAACGCCGAGUAUGAAGAAUUUCUGACGACCAUGUACACUUUGACUGCAGACAUGAUGCAGAUCAUUCGCGCCAUCAAGCACAGAGAUCAGCUGCGUCAGAAAGUGCAGCAAGAGACCAUCAAGGACAUGUCCCAGCAGUCAUACCGUUACCCGUUCCCUCACUUGCCACCAUGGACCCGAUUCCUCGCUCACGGCUCGCCCUCGAUUCCUUCUGCCCGCUUCAUGGCUCCAUUCGAGGCACGUCCUCCUUCGGACAUCAGCUUCCCUGAUCAUCGCCGCAUUGUCCGUACCUCGUCGCAAACCCUCCCUCAAGCAGCCACUGGCAUUCUGGCAACCUGGGCUCUUGAAUUCCAACAAGCAAACGACUUCUAUCACCAGCGUUACCCGCAUGAGAGGGAGUUCGCAGGACCUCUGCAUCAGAAACUUAUACCUUUUCGCCCGAUGAUGCUUACCUCGACCGGUCUGAAGACCGAAGCGAUUCGUUUGCACAACCUGGGAAACCAACCAUAUGCACAGGCAGUCGAGCGGUUCAACGGACAGGGUCCUGAAGAGAGAGCCACUCUGGGUAGAUUCUUGGGAAAGUUGGAGAGAAGGAACGUCGUGACUCCUCUUGUCGCAAACAGAUGCUACGUAGUCCGCCGUUGGAUCCUUGAGAAGAUGGAGUAUUGA